CUAUGGAGUCAGUGUCCAUGGGAUAAUACACAUACCCAUAAGUGCUGGCGUAGCUCAGCGUCUUGUCCUGCGUCACUUUCCCUCCCCUCAGUACAUGUUAGUCCUUUCUCGCGCGCUUUUUCGGUCGAAACUUCGCCCAACAUGAUAUUUUCAAUCACGGUUUUGCUUGCGGCGAUCACAUGCCUAUCUACUACAGUUGCUUUGCCUCAGAAGCAACACACUCCUGAAGGAGCAUCGUGUUCGAAGCCAUUGGUGCGCAGGGAAUGGCGCCAAUUGAGCGACGACCAGAAGGAUAAUUAUAUCAACGCAGUACAGUGCUUGAGAGAGAAGCCACCUCAGUCCGCAAGCUACUUCAAGGGUGUCAAGAACCGCUACGACGAUUUUGUAGCAGGCCACAUAAAUGAAACAGACUUCAUACACUUCGUUGGCUUCUUCCAGGUGUGGCAUCGUGUGUUCGUGCACGAAUACGAAACUGCCCUCGGAGAAUGUGGCUACAAAGGAGGGCAACCUUACUGGGACUGGACUCUGGAUGCCACGAUCGAAGGCUUUCCCAAGUCUCCCAUUUUUGACGCUGAGCACGGCUUUGGUGGCAAUGGUCCAUUUGUCGAUACCAUUCGAGAUCCAAGUGUUCGAUUGCACAUACCCGGGAAGACUGGAGGGGGCUGUGUGACCACUGGGCCCUUCGCCAACAUCUCUGAUUUUGUCCACAUGGGUCCGUUGAACUCGACGGCAUACAAUCCUCGCUGCCUGAGACGUGACUUCUCCCCCUGGCUCGCCUCCAAGAAGCUCAGGAAGUCUGUUGUAGACCUUACUUUGUCGAAGUCCCACUUUGCCACCUUCGAUAUCGCAGUCCAAGGCAUGAUUGAUGUUCCCGGCCUGACCUACCAUGGUGGAGGCCACCUCAGUGUCGGCGGUGAUAUUGGAAUGAUGGGUGACGUUUACAACAGCCCCAGCGACCCCAUUUUCUUCCUCCACCAUGCCAACCUUGAUCGGCUUUGGGCAUUGUGGCAAGCGAAGGACGCCGGAAAACGCACAUACGAUAUCGCUGGCCCGAUCCAACCGUUCGCACCUCCGUUCGACUUCCAUGGUCCAGUUACGUCCGAGAAAGUGACACUGGAUUACAAUAUGUGGAUGGGCCAUUUCGUAAAGGCAGCGCCUGGUGUAUACAAUUAG